UCAGACAAGAGCAGUGAGAUACAGGAGAAGCAGACAUUCAUUUGGAACAGAGCUUGUUCACAACAAAGGAAAUUAAACAUUUGACAUCUUUUGGGGAGUUAUUUCUUGGCCACGCUAGCACUGAAAUGAUGGACCACUACUCAGACCAGGGAGGUGAUGGGAUUGAGUUGCUUGAUAUGCUGUUUGAUCAGAACGAUGGUAUCCUUCGUUACGAGGAAAUGGGAAACCAUGUCCACCAUACCUGGUCAAACCAUGAGCCUGAUAUGCUGCAUCAGGUUGAACAACAGAAUGAGGACUUCCUGAACGCCCUCUUGAGUGGGAGUGACUCAGUGUCAGGGUCCCCGCAGUGGUCCCCCUCUCCCAGUGACAGUGGAAUCAGCGAGGACCCCCCGUCAGAUCAGAUGGACAGCCCCCAGCACCCUGACAGCCCGUCUGCAGAGCCCCACUUCAUCCCCCCACAACCACAAACUAAGGCUGGCCUGGGAACAGACUUUUCUGUUGAUAUAAAGGGCUGGGACUCAGGAUAUUACCCAGGAAGAACGGAGGGCGGACAGUGUUCCUCAGAUGUACACAAAACACUGUCUUUUGGACUUCCACUCACUGUCAAGGACUUAUUACUUUCUGGCACAUUCGAUCCGCCCCCCCAACAGUCCCAGCAGUCCUUCCAAGAGUUAAUUCUCAAUGAGGAUGAAAAGAAACUGCUGGCAAAGGAGGGAGUCUCUAUGCCCAGUCAACUACCGCUCACCAAGUAUGAGGAGAGAAUCCUGAAGAAAAUACGCAGAAAGAUUCGAAAUAAGCAGUCAGCCCAAGAGAGCCGGAAGAAGAAAAAGGAAUAUAUUGAUGGUCUGGAGAGCAGGAUGGCUGCAUGCAACGCACACAACCAGGAGUUGCAGAGGAAAGUGUUCCAGCUGGAGAAGUGCAACACGUCCCUGAUGGAGCAGCUGCGGAGGCUGCAGGCACUGGUCAUGAAUGGCUCCAGUAAGGCCGCUCAGACUGGGACCUGUGUGCUGGUUCUGCUCUUGUCUUUCUCUCUCAUACUCUUCCCCAGCCUCAAGCCCUUCUCCGAUCCCAAGGUCAGUCAAGGAGGAGACUUCAGCCCAGUGAGAGUCCAGUCACGGUCCCUGCACAACCUCCAGUCUUCAAGAGUGCUGCAUAUCAUUGACCAGCCAUAUCAAACUGCAGACGACGAGUCCACAUCUCAGCGCCAACAUUUCACCGGAGACCAGGGGGUAGAUGAGAUUACCUCUCUGCUAGGAAAACUAGGCACUGGUCACAGCGACAAGGGGCUGUCCAAUUUCAAUCCCAUGUCUCACAACAAUAGCCUGGAUGAGCAAAGCCAUUUCCACGGAGACCCCAUUACCGGCCAUGUAGCUUCAGUGACCUUGAAUUCACACCGCCAAGGCACACCGCGCCCACAUGCUGAUGACAUGUGAUCGGAAAGAAUAAUCCCAGUAAGAUUCCUUUUCUAUGCUCCAAUCCUGACACACAUAAAGCAGUGAUGAUUCAUAGAGUAGUACCUGCCUAAAGCUUUUGUUUACACUGUGAGUUAGGGGAAUAAGAAAUAAAUGAUUCCUGAUUCUUCCUCUUAUAUUUUAUAAUGUAUAUGCUUUUGUCUUUUUGUUUAUACUCUUUUGUAUUGUUUUAAGGUUCGGACUUGAUCAAGAUUUCUGUAUUCUGUGACAUAAUGUUGCAACUUCGAUGUUCCCAAAUAAUUUGGAGGAUAAUUGCACAUGCAUGCUAUAAUAGAAAAAAUUUAUUGGCAACAUAACAAACUUUCUGAAAUAAACGAAAUUGUUAUAAACGAAA